AAGCAAAAUAAAAAACUUAAGAGAGAGAGAGAGAGAGAGAGAGAGAAUGAUAAAGGAGACGUUCUUCAUAUCGCACGGAUCGCCGACGCUGUCGAUCGACGAGAGCCUGCCGGCGAGGCAUUUCCUGCAAUCUUGGAAGCAAACGGUGUUCCCGCACACACCCAAAUCCAUCCUCAUCAUCUCAGGCCACUGGGAAACUCAUGUCCCAACAGUCAACGUCAUCUCUCCCCCCAAAGUUAACGACACCAUUUACGACUUCUAUGGCUUUCCUAAACCCAUGUACCAGCUCAAGUAUCCAGCACCGGGGGCUUCACAGUUGGCGAAGAGAGUGAAGGAACUUCUUUUGGCAUCUGGGCAUGACCGGGUCGACGAAGACAAAAAACGUGGGCUGGACCAUGGAGCGUGGGUUCCCCUAAUGUUGAUGUACCCAGACGCCCAAAUCCCGGUUUGCCAACUUUCGGUCCAGACCCAAAUGGAUGCCACUUACCACUACCACUUGGGCCAGGCUCUGGCUCCUCUCAAGGACGAAGGUGUUCUCAUCAUCGGCUCCGGAAGUGCCACCCAUAACUUGAGGGCCCUUAGAUUCGACAAUGGCUCAGCGGCUUCUUGGGCCGUGGACUUCGAUACUUGGCUUCGACGUGCCCUUGAAGAAGGAAGAUAUGAAGAUGUCAACAAGUAUCUAGAGAAGGCGCCGUGCGCGAAAAUGGCACACCCUUGGCCGGAUCAUUUCUACCCGCUGCAUGUGGCAAUGGGCGCAGCGGGCGACCAAGCGAAGGCAAAGCUCAUCCACCAUAGCUGGAGCAACGGUACCCUGUCUUAUGCCUCCUACCAGUUCACUGCUCCUAACUAGUGUCACUAGCUGUAAUAAGUUGAAUGGUUUUUUUUUUUUAAUCACUGAUUGGCUGGUCAUUGAUUCAUUUGUAACCGGUUACCAAUGCUUGUAAUAAAUCCCCACACACUAAAGGGGAUUCGUUUGCAUCUACGUUUGUGUAUAAACUAGAGUUAUUUGAUGUAUUGUGAUGACUGAUCUUAUAUUUGAAACAUAAUUUUAUAAACAUUGGCAAUAAUGUUUGGAGCAAUUAUGUUUCAGGGCCAA